CUCGGCGGCCUGAAUCUCGCGAUAAAGGCUGAUUGUCUCGCGGGAGCGCGGCUGGCAGACGGGCUCUCGGGUGGCCCGGGCCAGAGAAGAGGAGUUGCAUGUGUCGCUUCAGCUGGCGGUAGUGGCGGGCGCGGAGGCGGCGGCGGCGGCUGUUUGACCGCCUGGGUUUGUGAGAUGGCUGCUGACUUUUCUGAGUCUGGUGGGCAUGAUUGCAAAGGAGACUCGAGGAGCAAUACCAAAUUAGAUGCAGAUUACCCACUUCGAGUUCUUUACUGUGGAGUCUGUUCAUUACCAACAGAGUACUGUGAAUAUAUGCCUGAUGUUGCUAAAUGUAGACAAUGGUUAGAGAAGAAUUUUCCAAAUGAGUUUGCAAAACUUACUGUAGAAAAUUCACCCAAACAAGAAGCUGGAAUUAGCGAGGGUCAAGGAACAGCAGGGGAAGAGGAAGAGAAGAAAAAACAAAAGAGAGGUGGAAGGGGUCAAAUAAAACAAAAAAAGAAGACUGUACCACAAAAGGUUACGAUAGCCAAAAUUCCCAGAGCAAAGAAGAAAUAUGUAACAAGAGUGUGUGGCCUUGCGACUUUUGAAAUUGAUCUCAAAGAAGCACAAAGAUUUUUUGCUCAAAAAUUCUCCUGUGGUGCCUCAGUAACAGGGGACGAUGAAAUCAUCAUUCAGGGAGACUUUACAGAUGACAUAAUUGAUGUCAUUCAGGAAAAAUGGCCAGAGGUAGAUGAUGAUAGCAUUGAAGAUCUCGGUGAAGUGAAGAAGUGAUUUUGAAAAUUUGUCUGUAUUUAAUGAUCUGAACUGAGAGUUGAUAUGGCCAAAGGGAGAGAGGCCUUUUGAAAAAAAUAUAUAUUUAUCCUACAGUAAAACUGUAGACUACUCUCGCCCUUGGCGCUUUCACUGUUCUGUACAAGGCUGCUUGUUUUUUUUAUUGCCAAAGUCUAAUGAACAGGGGAGACUGUCAUGCUUAUGCAUGAAAUAGAGUUUAGUCAAAUAAACAAUUUUGGUCACUUGGUA